GACGAAGCAGCCCUCCCCUUCAUCAAGACUCUGACCCGAAGAAGAUCUUGGCCUGUUUGUAGGAGAAAGAUAUUUUUUGUAGGAUCUGCUGGAUCGUUUCUUUUAAACCAUGAUCCUAUGUUGAUACUAGGUUGUCAGUGAUUUAUUGAUUGGGGCGUGGAAUUGUUCUCGGGAACAUAGUUGGCCUUAAAAAUGCCAAAGAAUUUACGCUAUCAAAGCAGUGAAACACCGAAAACGGAAUUAUCGGCGCUCAUGUGAAGUCAUAUUUGUCUAUUUGUUUGUUUUCGUUGAAGGGGGGAGUACGUUAGGAAAAGACUCUUUGGUGAAAAUAUACCGAGAUUAGAAACAGAAGUUGAGACGGAACACCAAUAUCGUGGUAUAUCUUAAAAAGACGGUGUCCUGAGACAUGGGGGCGUUUCUGGACAAACCGAAGACAGAGAAGCACAAUGCCCACGGUGCAGGUAACGGCCUGCGCUUUGGCCUCAGCAGCAUGCAGGGCUGGCGGGUGGAGAUGGAGGACGCACACACAGCUGUGGUAGGCCUUCCUCAUGGUCUGGAUGACUGGUCCUUCUUUGCUGUGUACGAUGGCCACGCUGGAUCCCGUGUGGCCAACUACUGCUCUAAACACUUGCUAGAGCACAUCAUCACCAGCAGUGAGGACUUUAGGCCCGGCCCUGAUUCUGUGGAGGGUGUGAAAAGUGGGAUCCGCUCAGGCUUCUUGAAGAUUGAUGAGUACAUGCGCAACUUCUCAGACCUGCGAAAUGGCAUGGACCGCAGUGGCUCCACAGCAGUAGGUGUGUUGCUGUCACCUGAACACCUCUACUUCAUCAACUGCGGAGAUUCACGGGCAGUGCUGUCCCGGGCUGGACAGGUGCGCUUCUCCACGCAGGACCACAAGCCCUGUAACCCACGUGAGAAGGAACGUAUCCAGAAUGCUGGAGGCUCUGUAAUGAUCCAGCGGGUUAAUGGCUCUCUUGCUGUGUCACGGGCCCUGGGAGACUAUGACUACAAGUGCGUAGAUGGAAAGGGACCCACGGAGCAGCUGGUGUCGCCUGAGCCAGAGGUUUUUGAGAUCCCCAGAGUUCCAGAGGAAGAUGAAUUUGUGGUGCUGGCCUGUGAUGGCAUCUGGGACGUGAUGAGCAACGAGGAGCUGUGUGAGUUUGUGCGCUCACGUUUGGAGGUGUGGGAUGACCUAGAGAAAGUCUGCAACUCAGUGGUGGAUACAUGUCUACACAAGGGCAGUCGCGACAACAUGAGUGUUGUGCUGGUGUGUUUCCCAAAUGCACCCAAAGUAUCAGAGGAAGCAGUGAAGAAAGAGGCAGAGCUUGACAAGUUCUUAGAGUCUCGUGUUGAGGAGAUCAUGGAGAAGUCAGGGGAGGAAGGUAUCCCAGACCUGGCCUUUGUUAUGCGUACUCUCUCUGCCGAGAAUAUCUCAAAUUUACCACCAGGAGGUGGUCUUGUUAGCAAGCGCAGUGUAAUCGAGGCUGUGUACAACAGGCUUAACCCACAUAGAGAAGAAGAUGGGGACGACCAGGGAGGCGCGGCCGCUGCCGGUGAGGAAGAAGAAAGCAGCGCUGCUGCCCACCUGCUGGAGGCACUGCGCCAAUUCCGCCUCAGCCACCGGGGCGACUAUCGCCACGUGCUGGAGCAAGCACUGUCCACCUACCGGCUGUCCUGUGAGCCAGGCGGCGCCUCGCGACCGAACCCUGAGGAGGAUCCUCCCUCGCCCCCACCAUCCCCUGCCACUGAGCCCCUCAACUCUGAGGAGGGAGCUGACGACGCAGCCACGCCACCACCACUCGACGAGCUCUCUGAUCCCCCUGUUGCAUGACCCUUGAUGUCCAAUCCAAUAACCUCCAAACCCCUCUCUUAUCCUGCUCACCAACUUUCCUCUCUUCUCCCUGGCUCAGAGCACUAGUUCUCUCCCCAGAUGUCUUGUGGCACGGCUCCCUCCCAACCCAGUGAACAGUAUCGGUGCAGGUUUUUGGUUAAUUGUUUUAGUAUGUAUAUGUAUGUAUUGGCAAAGGAGAACAAGUUAUCUUGAUGCUGGCCUAGAUCUGGUCUUAAUUAAACCACAGAAGAGUCAAACUCCUUGAAACAAAGUUAACUGAGUUCAUUCUCGUAGCUGAAAACCUGCUCUGUAACUGUAAAUGAUGUCAUCCUUGGCGUAUCCCAGCACUGUCUGUAAUCAUCGCUUAUCUGAUUUGCAGCACUUAACAUUGACCUGAUCUAGACCUUGUGGAGUCCUUAUUUGGUUAUAUAUGAGAGUAUAUUUGACUGUAGAAUUUCAGUGGUGACAUGGAGUAGCUUGGUACAUGCGGAUGCUUGGUACAUGUGGCUUCUUCUGAUAAGGGUGCAGAAACAUCCCAACCACUUUUGAAGGUGGUAUUCCAGUAUUUACCCCAUGUAGAUAGAUAAUGUUUAAAAAGGGAAUUACAUUGUUAAUGGAACAGACAAUCUGGGGCUUGCCAGGGAUAUCACUGACUAUUUGCUUUUGUGCACACCAGCACAUGCUGCUUGCCAUGCAGUGCAUGUGUACUUUGCAUUUUGGAUUGUCUUUUGAUUGAUUUUAGGGAGUGUGUGUCAUGUUUGGCGCUUUUGUGAUGCUGAAAGUGUGUGUGAAUGACAUGUGAAGGCACAAAUAUGAGACACCUGUCAAUACUGUCUAAGGUUAUUUCUUUGAACAGUAUCUCUGAUUUAAUUAAUGGGUACAAACCUGUAUUUCUGUAUGAUAAACUGAUAUGAUAAACUGUAUAUGAUAAAUAUGUAUAAUAUGUAUAAACUGUACAAUUAAAGUCUCAUGUUUGCUGUCUCCUUUUUGAGUGUUCUGGUGUGGGUGAGGGGCGUACUAGGCAAUUGCCACUAAAAAGCACAAAAAUGUCAAUGCAACAGCAUUUAUUAAGUACUAAACAUUAUAACAAAAGUUUUGUCAUUUCCCUAUUUACUCACAUGUGGCCAUUUGUUCCUACAGACUUUCCCCCAACAUUUUGUCAUAUUCUUGUGCUCAGGUUCACUUAUGGCAGGUUGUUUAACACCAUUCUCAGGUUAGCUGACAGACCACUGGUACAUGAUUGCUCUUAGUUGUCUGUAUUUUGCACAGUUUGCACAGAAACACUUAUCCAUCAACCUGUGAACUGGAUAGUUUCUAAUCCUGUCGACACUGGUUAAGUGUCAUGCCCGAAGAUACUGAUGCUUAUGUUUUUUUUUGUUUUUUUUUCUUUCUUCAUCCCUCCUCAGUUACCCCAUGUUAAAAGGGAUGUGAAAAAAAUUGUGCUUAUACAGACUUGAUUUGGUCUUGCAUUAAUUGCAUAAAGCAUUCUGUAUUGCCUCUAAACUAUAAGCAUAACUGCAUAUGUAAAGGUAAUAACAAUGUAAUUAAAAAUUGUGUUUAUUGCCCUACUAAUUUUGAGAAGACUGUGGGAUCAGUGUUGUUUAGAGUUUGAUUUUCUUUGUUCUAGAAAUCAUUUCUCUCUUGAGCAUUCAGUAGUCAGUACCGUUGUUUUCCUGGUUUGGGUUGGAGCCUAGGCAAGACUUUAUAUCCUGAACAAUG